GGAUUGGAUUGGACCCCGAACCGUUCCAGUCCCUCAUUCAUUGUAUUCUAUUACGAUGUAUGUAUCUAUUCUCUUCACCUUCCCCGAUUGGCUGCUGCUGCUGCUGCUGGCGGCUCAACUCUCAAGCCAUUCAUUCAUUCAUUUUCCAUAUAUAUAUAUAUAAUGUACAGACUGCACUGCCCUCCAUUUCAGCUGGUUCACUUGCUACCGCAAGUUGAUUCUUGAUCUCAAAAUCCUCUGUUUGAUGAUGAGCUGUGCUGAGCUGAUUGUUAAUUUCUGAAGCUUCGAAGAAUGAACGAUCUUAUCGAAAUCAUGGCUUUUAACGGAAGAGUCCUCCGACUUUGAAGAUUUGUCAAAUUCAUUUCGUGUUCAUGUCGAUCUGAAAUUGGUUGUGUAUUGACUUUUUUUGAUCUAGAAACAAGACUAUGAUGCAAGGCAAUGGAUCGAUCAGUGGCUUCGAUCCGAUGAGAGUUCAUCAUCAUCAGCUGAGCUCUCACCACCACCGGCAAGGAUCAAUGGUUCCUCCCACAAUCCCCGAAAAUUUCCCCCUUACAAUUGGAAGUAGCGGUAGUCAAGAUCAAGAACAGCCCAUUUUGUUGAUGGACUACAACAACAACAAACAUGACAGGGGAAGAUCAGGGAGCGAUGACGAGGACCCGAGCUUUGUCGAAGAUUGUGGUGAAGGCCGUGAAUCUGGCAAAGGGAAGAAGGCUUCGACAUGGCAGCGCGUCAAGUGGAGCAACACCAUGGUUCGGCUACUGAUCACGGCAGUUUCGUACAUCACCGAGGAUACAAUGGCUGCCGAGCAGGGCGUUGGUCUUAGGAAGAAGAACUCGAAUUUACAGAAGAAGGGGAAAUGGAAAUCGGUUUCGAAAGUCAUGGCAGAGAGGGGACACUUUGUUUCGCCGCAGCAGUGCGAGGACAAGUUCAACGACCUCAACAAACGGUACAAGAGGCUGAACGAGAUUCUCGGGCGAGGAACGUCGUGCGAGGUUGUCGAGAAUCCCUCGCUUCUCGACGUUAUGGAUCACAUUCCCGAAAAGGUCAAGGACGAGGUUCGAAAGAUUUUAAGCUCAAAGCAUUUGCACUACGAAGAAAUGUGUUCCUACCACAACGCGAACCGUCUGCAUCUCCCUCCCGAUCCCGACCUGCAGCGCUCGCUGCGGUUGGCUCUCGGGAGCCGAGACAAAAAUGACGACCACAGUUGCGAUGUGAGAAGGCAUUUGAAUGAAGAAAACGACGAGGUUGAUCAGGAGGGGGAGGUGGACGAAAAUGGCGAACACGAAGAGAGUGAAGAAGGAUUUGGAUCCUCGAAGAGGGUGAAGCAACAGGGUUGGAAUGAGGAGAACCUCAAAAGAAGGUUAGAAAAUGUCGAAUGUGAAUCGAACUGGUGCAAUGGGACGAAUGCAAAGACGUCGUUGGAAGAAGAGAGGAUAGAGUUGGAUAUGCAGACGGUGGAGUUGGAGAAGGAGAGGUUCAAAUGGCAGCGAUUCUGUCGAAAGAAGGACCGGGAGCUUGAAACGAUGAAGAUGGAGAUCGAGAAGAUGAAGCUGGAGAACGAACGAAUGGGUUUGGAGCUGAGGCGAAAGGAGUUGCAGUUGGAGAUGGAGAUGGAGAUGGAGAUGGAGAUCCACAGCUACAAGAAGCCAUAAAUUAAAAUCCCAUCUUGCAACUCUCCAAGGUUUGUUCGAUUUUUGUUUGAAAUUAGAAUUUUGAUUUAAAUAUUAUUUUGACGCUAUGUUUCAUGAAAAAAAUAAUACUCUUUCCGUCCGUCGGGCUUUAAGAGUCUCAAUUACCUUUUGCAUCAUUGUACUUAAUAUUAAAAAUAUCCUGUAUAAUUUUUUUGCACAAAUGUUAUUGUAAUAAUAUUAUAAAACACUAAUAAAAAUAUUUUUGCUA